AUGGCCGCGCGCCUUUUCCGAGGGUCCCUACGCGUCCUGGGCGGCCACUGUGUGCCGCGCCCGCUGCCCGCCGCGCGAUGUUCUCAUUACGGAGGGGAAGAACGUCUAGAAACUCCUUCUGCUAAAAAAUUAACAGAUAUAGGAAUUCGAAGAAUCUUUUCUCCAGAGCAUGACAUUUUCUGGAAAAGUGUAAGGAAGUUUUUCCAAGAAGAAGUGAUUCCUCAUCACUCAGAAUGGGAGAAAGCUGGAGAAGUAAGUAGGGAGGUUUGGGAAAAAGCUGGAAAACAAGGACUGCUUGGUGUCAAUAUUGCAGAGCAUCUUGGUGGAAUUGGAGGGGAUUUGUACUCCGCAGCUAUUGUCUGGGAGAAGCAAGCUUAUUCAAAUUGUUCAGGCCCAGGUUUUAGUAUUCAUUCAGGUAUUGUCAUGUCCUAUAUUACAAACCAUGGCUCAGAAGAACAGAUUAAGCACUUUAUUCCCCAGAUGACUGCAGGCAAAUGUAUUGGUGCAACAGCAAUGACAGAGCCUGGAGCUGGAAGUGACUUACAAGGAAUAAAAACAAAUGCUAAAAAGGAUGGAAGUGACUGGAUUCUCAAUGGAAGUAAGGUGUUCAUCAGUAAUGGGUCAUUAAGUGACAUUGUGAUUGUAGCUGCAGUCACAAAUCAUGAAGCUCCCUCCCCUGCCCAUGGUAUUAGCCUUUUUCUGGUGGAAAAUGGAAUGAAAGGAUUUAUCUAGGGACGAAAGCUACAUAAAAUGGGAUUAAAAGCCCAGGUGAGUGAUAAUAUACCGCAGAACUAUUUGAAGGUACGGUUGCCAGCUAGUGCCCUACUUGGAGAAGAGAAUAAAGGCUUCUAUUACAUCAUGAAAGAGCUUCCACAGGAAAGGCUGUUAAUUGCUGAUGUGGCAAUUUCAGCUAGUGAAUUCAUGUUUGAAGAAACCAGGAACUAUGUUAAACAAAGAAAAGCUUUUGGCAAAACAGUUGCUCACCUACAGACAGUGCAACAUAAAUUAGCAGAAUUAAAAACAUAUAUAUGUGUAACCCGAGCAUUUGUGGACAACUGUCUCCAGCUGCAUGAAGCGAAACGUUUGGACUCCGCCACUGCUUGCAUGGCGAAAUAUUGGGCAUCUGAGUUACAAAAUAGUGUAGCCUAUGACUGUGUACAGCUCCAUGGAGGUUGGGGAUACAUGUGGGAGUACCCAAUUGCAAAAGCUUAUGUGGAUGCCAGAGUUCAGCCAAUCUAUGGUGGUACAAAUGAAAUAAUGAAGGAGCUGAUUGCAAGAGAGAUUGUCUUUGACAAGUAGACAUCUGCCCACAUCCUGGAAUCCUAUUACAGCUAAUCUGGUU